AUGGCAUCACCGAAGCCACAAACCGAGGAGCUGGAGGUUCAAUGGAUCGAAUCCAAAUGGUUGCAACAGCAGGAAGGCGAGAACACCCGAGAGGCCGAUGAGGAAGACAUUCCCGCCGUAGGGGAUUUAUUUGCCGACCCGGAUCCAUUGGAGUCGUUUCGGUUUGACUGGGAUACACUUGAAGGGAAACAUAUUGCUAUAGAACUCACGGGACACAAGGCAGAAUUGGGGCAAACGCUGAAUUCGACUGGUUUGACGUUAUGGCGCGCGUCCGAGCUACUCUGUGAAUACCUUGUUAAACAUCCAGAGUGGGUAGCGACUAAGGAUGUUUUGGAGCUGGGUUCUGGCUUGGGCUUGGUGGGGCUCUUGGUGCACCACUUAGGAGCAGCGCGCACAUCUUUGACGGAUGGCGACACGGAUACGUUAUCAAAUCUACGAGAAAAUGUGCAAAGGAAUGGAGCCGACACUGAUUGUGGUAGACACGUAUCAUGUCGACAAUUGGUUUGGGGCGAAAAGCUAGAGUCCUUUCAAACCUCGUACGGUUCAUUCGACACCAUUGUCGGUUCCGAUAUUAUUUACGUGGAACAGAUCCUGGAUCCCUUGUGGACAACCGUCGACUUACUUCUCCGACCCGCUGGAACCUUCUUACUAUCCUACGCUCGCCGGAACGUUUCGAUCGAUUUAGUACUGAGGAAGGCUACCGAGUACGGCUUUGAAUGGACGACUCCGGAGAUGUCCGAAGGCGUUUUUGUUUUUGUGCGCACGAGCAUUUGA